AUGUUCCUCGCAAACGGAAUUAGACAAAUAUGCCUAGCCUCAUUGGUCAUCGCUCUGAUCUAUUCGCCCGCAAUUCUACUGUCAGAAGCCCGGCUAAACAAGAUCCGGAGGCAGGUUGUUCAGCCACCGAAUCUAACCGGCGGCACAACAACUGGUACUGGAGCUACUUCGACUGAAAAUCUGGGAAACACAAGCCCACUUAACACUGGCGCUGGCGGUACGACCUUGCUCGGCGGUGGAUUUUCGAAUUCAACUCAGACCAAUGCUGAUGGGCAGCCAGUUACGUCUAGCAGUACGACUACUGGGCCGGUCAAUGUAAUUCCGAGCACCAGCAAUACGGCCUCAUAUAUCCCCAGCAACGUCGGCGGUGGCAAUCUUAUUACAACCAAAACUGAUGCUGCCGGGAAUCAAGUCGGCAGUACUACUACUGGAUCGGGCAAUCAGCUCGGCAGCACAGGCGCUACGACUGCAUCUACUUCCGGCAACGUCGUCGGUGAGAAUGUUGAUCCAACCACGCUUGAUGCUUCCGGGAAUCAAGUCGGCAGUACCACUACUGGGUCGGGCAAUCAGCUCGGGAGCACAGGCGCUACGACUGCAUCUACUUCCAGCAACGUCGUCGGUGGCACUGCUGAUUCAACCACGCUUGAUGAUGAUGGGAAUCAAAUCGGAGGCACUACUGGAUCGGGCAAUCAGCUCGGCAGCACAGGCGCUACGACUGCAUCUACUUCCAGCAACGUCGUCGGUGGGAAUACUAAUCCAACCACACUUGAUGCUGCCGGGAAUCAAGCCGGCGGGACUACUGGAUCGGGCAAUCUAAUCGGCAGCACUGGCGCUACGACUGCGUCUACUUCCGGCAACGUCGUCGGUGGGAAUGUUAAUCCAACCACCCUUGAUGAUGCCGGGAAUCAAGUCGGCAGUACCACUACUGGAUUGGGUAAUCAGCUCGGCAGCACAGGCGCUACGACUGCAUCUACUUCCAGCAACGUUGUCGGUGGGAAUGCUAAUCCAACCACGCUUGAUGCUGCCGGGAACCAAGCCGGCGGGACUACUGGAUCGGGCAAUCUAAUUGGCAGCACUGGCGCUACGACUGCAUCUACUUCCAGCAAAGUCGCCGGUGGCACUGCUGAUUCAACCACCCUUAAUGAUGCCGGGAAUCAAGUCGGCAGUACUUCUACUGGAUCGGGAAAUCUAAUCGGCAGCACCGGCGCUACGACUGCAUCUACUUCGAGCCACCUCGACAGCAGCACUGCUAACCCAACCACGCUUGAUGAUGAUGGGAAUCAAGUCGGAGGUACUACUGGAUCGGGCAAUCUGCUUGGCACCACUGGCGCUACGACUUCAUCUACUUCCAGCAACGUCAAUGGUGGGAAUGUUAAUCCAACUGCAACCAAUAGUGGCAGAAACGGGAUCCAAAGCAAUCCGGCAUUACCAAACGGCGAAUUCUUGCAGCAGGCCGAUAAUCAUGAUCAAACAGUAUCGAAUCCAACGGACAUUGGUUCAAAACCUCCUGGUCAGCUCGCAGACAGGCCCAUUGCCUGUGGCGACACUUAUGGAACAGCAACACUCGAAGCCAAGGUGCCAAAUGACUACGUUUCUUGCAAAGGAUACGGAGCUGUAAAUUACAUCUGUCCGCGAGCAAAGUGCCAUGGCGGAAAUGACGCGGAAACCCCAGAUGGGUCUCCGAUGGAAAAAUUUAUCUUCAAAGGAUGUAAGCGGUACGCUGAUACAGCUACACCCGCCCAAGAGGGGAUACCUGAAGUACAUCCAGUUCAGUUUUGGGCCCAAAACCUUAAGGGAACUUUAACUGUUAUCGGCUAUGAAGAUCCGAAGAUAAUGAAAAAUCAUAUAUAUCAAUGUGCUUGGAAUAAAGAAGAUGGGUUUAAUAAUGCUAGGCCUGUUUGCAAUGGAUGCAUCCAUUCCGAGUUCACUGAUCUCCCCGUUCCAGGUGGGACGUCGCCGGAGCCAAAGGCACCACCGCCAACACGAAAGCGUUUCCGCAGAUCUUAA